UCACAGUCCAACAUCGGCACGUUCACUUGACAGGCGCGCGUCGCAUUACAGGCUCAGAUGGACGGACCAAUUGGGUCCCGCGCGCGGCUGGAGCAGGGUCGUGCCCGCCCACCUCCUGCCGCGCCUGGGCCCGCGCCAUCUGGCAAACUGCGCCGGCGGCUGCCCGUGGGGCUUCGGCGCGCUGGAUCGCUGGCUGGAAAGCUGAUCUCCGGGGCGCCGCCGCUGCCAGCGAACGUCGACGACGGCGCCGUGCUGCGGCGGCGACACGGCGCGCGUGCUCAUGCAACGAGGACAGCGAGGCGCUAUUCUUCACGACGGGGGGCGUCCAAAGCGAUCGACUGGCAAGGCAUUCGCUUCGCCAGAGCUGGGCGCGGCACCGACAUGCAAGCGCGCUCGGCAUGAUCGGGUGAGCACUUUGGGUGGCAUGACGCAUGGCACUGGAGGUGGCACGAGCCCUGGCUUCCUACGGCGCGGGACUGCUGGUCCCCGGACGCUCGGGCAUUACCGCUAAGCCGUGGCCGACUCCACCUCUACGGCCAGGCGGCGUGGCCUUUUUUUUGACGCCGCCGAAGGCGCAAGCACAUGCGAUGGAAAGAUAUUGUGAGUCCUUAUCGCUGGCUGGCUACAGCCCUGCGUCUGGGCACUUUGUGGUCUACGGCUGGGUGAAGCUCAGCGCCGAUAACCGCAAGCAGGCGCUCCUCGAUCUCGAUCCUGUCAUCGAGGCGUUGAAGGGCUUGCCGAAACAGAUGCGCGAGUUCGUUGUCAAGCCAUGCCCGGAGGAGGUCAUCAUCCUCGCCUUCCACUGGCUGGCGGAGCGCGACGGGCUCGAGGCGGCAGCUGCUGGUCUGCUGCAGUUUGACCUCUACGCGAGGCCGUCGGAGAUCUUUGAUUUGAUUUGGGAGGAUGUCAUCGCCCCGUCGCCGCGGGCAUGAGCUGCGCGCCGCCAGUGGGCCGUCGUUUUCGGCUCCUCUGAACAGGGCGAGCGCGCCAGGACUGGCAAUGUGGAUGAGCAUGUGACCUGUGGCAUGCGAGGCCGGGAGUGGGCGGUAGAGGUGUUGUCGACGUUGCACCGCGCCACUCCUGCUGAGACGCGGAUAUUCCCCAACCUUGCCCUACCUGUGCAUGAGAAGAGGGCCCAGCGAGGUGCGAGGGCGCUCGGGUUGUCAGCAUCGAACCUCGCCCCACACGUUGCGAGGCACUGUGGCGCGGGCAACGAUCUGAUUCAGAAGCGGCGAACGUUAGACCUCAUGCGUCGCAGGGGUCGGUGGGGGGCCGCUAAGAGUGUUCAGGAAUAUGACAUACAUGCUCGCUUGCUGCGUCAGUUGUCGACGGCGCCAGAAGCUUUGAUACCAAAGCUCCCGUCCCCUCAAGGGCCCCUUCGUGCUGCGCUGCAGAGCAGGUUGCCGCAAGGACUUCAGGCUUGAGGAGUGGCACCGUCCUACCCCAACUACCAUCCUUUGCUCAUGAUUCUGGUGGGAUGUUGGCACUGGCCGGCGUGGCGUGCUCGAGGGGCUCGUGGUCCACAGUUUGAAUCCUGAGAUUCCUGUGGGUCGGAGGCUCCUUUUGCCUCGCCGGCGCCUGUCUUCGAAGGUAGAUUGGACUGCUGUUUUUCGGGCUGCAUGGUGGCCUGUCUUCAAGAAAAGAGUGAUCGAGUGGGCUUGCGCCUGUCGCCGGCGGCAUCUGGGGCUCCGCUGGCAGCUCAUCUCAGUCGAGGGGAUCGUCGGGUUUGUCUCACGGUAUCUCGUAAGAUCAGAGGCCCUUGCAGGAGGGCUGUUGACUGCAGCCAGUUCUGGGCGGAGCACUGGAGAUGGGUAUACAUUCCUUUUCUACGCGUCUUGAUCAUGUCGAUAUGCCCCGUCCGUCCUGCAACCGCGCGUGCACAAAGUGCCCCAUCCAGCUCCCAACCGCCAUCCUCACCACCAACGAGAGCUUGUCGGUGUUCUGAUAGUGCUGGCCGGCGUGCUCGAGGGUUUCGUGAUCCACGCUGUGAAUCCUGAGAUUCUCGUGGGUCGGAGGCCCCCCUUUCUGCUUCGCCGGCGCCUGUCUUCGAAGGUUGAUUGGAUUGCCGAACUUCAGGCUGGCUGGUGGCCUGUCUUCGAGAGAGUGAUCGAGCGGGCUUGCGCCUGUCGCCGACGGCAUCUGGGGCUCCGCUGGCAGCUCAUCUCGGUCGAGGGGAUCGUCGGGUUUGUCUCCCGGAAUCUCGUAAGAUCAGAGGCCCUUGCAGGAGGGCUGUUGACUGCAGCAAGUUCUGGGCGGAGCAUUGGAGAUGGGCAUGCAUUCCUUUUCUACGUGUCUUGAUCAUGUCGGUAUGCUCCGUCCGUCCUGCAACCGUGCGUGCUCAAAGUGCUCCAUCCAUUUCCCAACCGCCACCCUUCCUCACCACCAACGAGAGCUUGUCGGUGCUCUGAUAAGACUGGCCGGCGUGCUCGAAUGUUUCGUGAUCCACGCUGUGACUCCUGAGAUUCUCGUGGGUCGGAGGUCCCCUUUUGCUUCGCCGGCGCCUGUCCUCGAAGGUUGAUUGGACUGCCGAACUUCAGGCUGGCUGGUGGCCUGUCUGCGAGAGAGUGAUCGAGCGGGCUUGCGCCUGUCGCCGACGGCAUCUGGGGCUCCGCUGGCA